GGACAGCCGGCUUGACACGUUCAGUUCGCGGCACGAGACAGAGAUCGUCGGACGCACUCGAGGGUGGAAGGGGAGCCUCUAUCAUCUUGGUAGCAUUCGAAGAUCAGUCGUCUUCCGACUUGCGACGCGGGCACCAUCCAGCUCCAUCAGCGAGGACCAGAAGCAGAGGUCGAAAGAUAGCCGAGAGAAACUUGGAUCGUCGCUCGACUGUAUAUCGCAAAAAUAUAAAUCAGCAACGGAACGCUAUGUGUGUUCGCACGUUGGUGGGUAACGAAACGAGCGAGGCAGACGUGCUGGUCGUCGCUUCGAAGCAGAGCGACAAGAUGUCCCGUACCAAGGAAAAGUACAUGAGGAUUUACGAGGAGAUGCUGGAGAAGGAGGAGCUGCAGCGUCGACGGGAGCGCGCGGAGAACGCGCUCUACCUGCCCGAUCUGGCCGACGACGUCCUGGUCGCCAGCACCAAUCACUACAGCCUGAUCCUGAAGAAGCUGUCCACGUACUACGAGAUCAUGCGCCGCUCCAAGGCAUUUAAGAUCCUCUUUUACACGACGCAGCCCGCGCACGUAAUCACGAUCGCCGCAGUCUUGUUCGUCACGUCGGUACUCUUUCCAAUCAAGGGACGGGUACAGGCCUCUAAUCAUUCUUACUCACGAAUGAUGUCCUUCAUUUACCUCGCAUCCUUCGUCGUACACUUUGGCGCUCAAAUUUGGAUGACUUUCGUAUCAGGUCUGUCUUUGUACUUUGCACUGCCACGGCAUGCAUUCGGCGAAGUGCAGCGCGUCCUGUUUCCGAGAUACUUCACGAUUAACGCGUGUCUAAGUCUCAUUACGCUCCUCAUAUUUGUCAAGCAUCAUCCGACGCAUACAUGGGACUCCGAAAUUGCUGUUCAGGUUGGCGCAAUGUCCGGAGCCUUUUUCCUGGAGCUGCUGAUACGCCUCUACCUGACACCUCCGCUCCUCCAGCUGAUCGUGCAGAAGAACAAUUUCGAACGCGCGGCAGGCGUCGGCAAUGAGGUGGGCCGUCAUAAUCCUGGACCGCUCAAGAACUGUACGCAUUACAUGAAGAUCCAUCGAGCGUUCCGCCGAGUGCAUGUGUGCAUAGCCAUGGGAAACAUGCUCACUAUGGCGUGCACGGUACUCCAUCUCUAUUAUAUAGCGAGCAAGUUAUGUGCCUUGUAAGAAUAAUUAGUUUCCGAUCAUAAAAUUUAUAUGUACGUUCGUUCGUACUCAAUCGAGCUCAAAGAAGUCCUCGAAAAGAGUAUACACAGAAAAAGAGUUAGUCUUAAAUGAAGAAUAAAUAUUCUCAUAUGUAAGCAAGAAUAUUGCAAGUUUCAUAUAAAUGAUUUUUAUACAUGAAUCUCUUGAACUUUUUGAGUAAAAAAAAAGUAACACUUUCAUCAACACAAAUUCAUUCAAAUCAAGAUUAUAAAAUCUUCUAAGAUUUAUAUAAUAUUCUUCCUUACAUAAGAGAAUAUCUUUCUUUUCUGUGUAGAAUAUAGAAAAUAAUUUUCUAGAGAAAAGCGUUAGUAGUAGUACGUUAGUACAUGUCUCGUGGUAACGGAAGCCGAAACGCACCGGAAUAUUCAGACCUGUGGUGGUGCAAGAUGUGAUUUUCCCUGCCAUUAAAGUUACUUGGAACAAGA